CGUGCCUGAACAGCUUCAUCCACUCUCCAGACCGGAUCUCAUUUCGCUUUUUGUCUUUUUCUUCUUACUUUCUCUCGGGAUAGUUUUUUUGUUUGCUUCGCUUCUUUAUGCCAACUGGUUUGGCAACACUGCUGGACGGUUUCUUAUCUGCUGCUAUUUACUGAAUUUUUUCCAAUCACCAACGAUCGUUAUACACUGGAGUUAUAUCUGAAAAAGAGGAGGCUCUGGUAGUUCUUCGUAUAAGAAAACACAAAAACGAUAAAUCGAACUCGGCAAAGAUGGGUUGGGGCAUACUUGAAAGCUCGCGCGCAGCUUUUCCUCGCGGCACAUCACUCGUAGGAGUGGUUGACAAGAAGGUCGUCUCUGAUAACGACUCUAUUAAUCAAGCAGAGGUUGUAGCGCGCUCUCCUGAGCCCAGCGACGACCCAAAUGACCCCCUCAACUGGUCUCUCACAUGGAAGUGUGUGCACCUUUUCGUCCUGGCCUUCGGCUCUGCAAUCACCAAUGCAACAACCACUAUGCUCACACCUGGCCUCGAGCCUCUGACUGAGAAGCUACAAAGCAACGAUAGCGAUAUCUCAACAUGGAUCAUCACUGCACCUACUUUUUGGACAUCAGCUGCAGCCUUUAUUGCUGUCGCCGGAACAGACAUCUGGGGAAGACGACCGUUCUACGUUUGGAGCGCUGUCUUCCUUGCUCUGGCAAAUUUUGCUGGCUUCUUCUCGACCGACUUCCGCAUGCUAGUAAUUGCACGAACGGCAGGAGGUCUCUUCUCUGCCCCUCUCUUCACGCUCCUUACUGCUAGUAUUAGCGACAUUUUCUUUGUCAACCAGCGUGGCCGAUCCAUCGCUGUAUGGAACCUUAUGCUGAACUCUGGAGCACAACUUGGUCAAAUCAUCGCCGGUGUCGUCACAGACAGCUUCGGCGUGUCCUCCAACUUCCUCAUUACAGGUUUCAUGUACACCGGCUUGAUCCCCCUCUUCUACUUUACCGUGUUCGAAUCCGCCUACUUCAACCGCAAGAACGAGCCCGUCACUACCAUUGUUGUGCAGCCUGACAAGCUGAGGAGCGAGUGGGACGAGGAAGAUCUCAAGGGCUCGAACGUACCCGCAAAGAAGUCGUACGGCCAGCAACUCACCCUCUUCAACGGCCGCCUCUCCAAUAAGUCCUUCUUCAAGGGAAUCAUCAAGCCCUUCGGCCUCAUCACCUCGCCCAUCGUCAUCUAUAGCUGCUUCCUCAACGCCGCCAUCUUCUUCUUCCUCGUCGGCAUGUCCACCUUCAUGUCCAUCCUCCUCUCCGCACCCCCAUACGACCUCGGCCCCAGCGAAAUCGGCAUGACCAACCUCCCCCUCUUCGUCGUCGGCCUCCUCGCCGGUCCCCUCUUCGGCUGGCUCUCCGACUCCUCCGUCGGCCUCAUGGCGCGCUACAACGGCACCAAGAAAGGAAUGGUAGAACCCGAAUUCCGUCUCGUCCUCCUCGUCCUCUCCACCCCCGUUACAAUGGCCGGCCUCAUCGGUCUUGGUGCCUCGUUCCAGAACGGACUGCCCUUGGCUUGGAUCCUUGUCUGGAUGACCGUUACGAACGUCGGCAGCGUCUCCGCUAUCCAAAUCGCAGUCUCGUACGUUAUUGACUGCCACCCGGAGCACUCUGCCCAAGCCUUCUCGUCUGUCAACCUCAUCAGUGCCGCCGUUGUCACCGUCGGCCUGGGUCCCAUGAUCGAGUGGCUCAUGUCUGCAGGCCCCGUGGUCGUUUUCGGCGCCAUGGCCGGCACCGCCGCUGGCGUCACCGCGUUGGCCAUUCCCAUGUAUGUGUUUGGCAAGAAGAUCCGCGCCUGGUAUGAGAAUGCGUCUUGGGCUCAGCGUCUCCUCGAUUAGGCCUGCAAGACAACAGCCUGUUUGUGUGGAAUGGUGGGGUUGCGCCCCUUUACUACUACUAACGAAGAGACGCGAUGUAUCGCACGACACGAACGAUUAUUUUAUCACACGCUACUACGUUUCUUGGACACUGCAACGAGGCACAUGGGCGAUUGUAGGAUUUUCUUUUUACAUAGUCUACAUAGGUCGUAUGUAGAACGCACUUUCUUUAUUUUUCUUCUUUAACCAGUUAUCUCUUCUGAGAUACUUCUAGGUUUCUACAACCAACCCCUUUUUUCUAUCUCCUUCUUGUCUAUAACUCCAGUCAUUACCUCGAGAAGCACAACCAACACCCUUUCCCACCCUUACCUACAGUUUACCUAGUCAAUCCUUAACUAUCAAAGUUUGCUUCCCCAA